AUGCAUGAUGUUUCUCAACAUCAAGCUCAAACAAAUGAUUUUCCAACUGUUUUGGAUAUACUGACAAUUAAAGAUCCAGUGAUAGCAAACUGUCUCAUUGAUCAACUCAGUAUUGAAAACAUAAUUCUCAUUGAAGAUAUCACAACUGCGCAAAACGUAAUGUUGGAUAAUCCUCCUGCAAAAUGUUAUUCAGCUUUUCUGUUAAAUUGUGAUGAAAUACUAUUAAACCCUUAUCGUUAUUAUUCUGCAUCAAGAAGACCUACUAAUGUUUUAUCUCGAAAUAUAGAUGAGAGCUAUCUUCCAAAACUCCAGGAGGAAAUCGAAACAAUUGAUAUUGAAAUAAAAAAGAGAGAAAGUGCAAUGACUGAUGGGCGAUUACAACUUCAAAAGUGCCAUUCUACUUUAGAUAAAUUGAAAAAUAAAAUUGUGAAUCUAACAACAUCAAAAGCUGAUAUUAAUGGUUUGAUUGCAGAAUAUAAGCAGUUUGAAGAACCGAGAAAUGUGCCUGAAAUGUAUGAUGAAUAUACGUCACUGAAAGCUGAUUUGGACAAAAAACAAGAGGAACUGAGGAAAGCUGAAGAGAAACUUAAAAUGCAUGUAACUGAACAUGAAGAAAUCAGGGUAAAAUUUAACCAGCAACGAGCUUUAGUAACUAGCCUAAAUGGAGCAUUUGAAAGAUUGGGG